AUGGCGAUAACUUUCGGCUCGUUUGGCGACAUUAUCGCCGCAGUCCAGGUGGCCUGCAAGCUAGUGGAGAUACUGAGCGCCCAGCGGGGAGCUAAGCGUGAGUUCCGGGACUUGAUUGUCGACUUGACACUAUUUCAUGGGCUUCUGGAUCAGCUCCUUUCGUUCUGGCAGUCUCGCGAGCAGUGUGCGCUUCUCGACAGCCUUUUUGGUAUCUUGCAUCCGGUUAUCUGCGAUGCAAAGGGGGAGAUCGAUGCGUGUUUGGAGAAGAUAAUCGCGAAGUAUGGCCGGAAUCUCACUUCGAAGCAAAGGUGCAACCCGAGAGAUGUCGGUAAAAUGCUGCAAUGGCACGUUUUGGAGCGAGAUGGCAUAACCAAAUUACAAGAGAAGCUAAGGAAGAGCAAGGAAGUCAUAGUUAUGGUGCAGGGCCAAGCUAAUGCGAUCGCGAGUGAACGAACUAGGGCGCUUGUGGAUGAGCGAAUGGACGCACUCGUGGACGCUGAGAUGGAGAGCAUGGCAAAGCUGGAUGAACGACUCCAGCACCUGGAAGAGGAUGUCGAGAAGCAAACAGAGAUACUUCAUCAUAUCUCCGAUGGUAUAGGAAGCAUCAGCUUAGCUAUCACUCCCAUUUAUGAAACUACAUCGAAUGCCGCAGCUAUCCUUGCGAAGAUAGAAGCGGAGCUCCUCGCUCAGCGAACCGUACAUUGCACCCUCGACCCGUACAUGGAAAACUCAGCGCUUGUCGAAGAUGCUCUUGGCUGGACAUUCCGGAUCCCUCUGGAACUGAUUGUGUCUUGGAAUACGCUCCACUCCAUCCUCCUCGACAGGUUUGCAAACCGUCCGGGCUACCAUCUCAUCAAGCACGGCCGUUACAUUAUGCGGGAGGACCUCAGCGGAAUGGAAGUCCAUCACAACAGGCCACUCAACUUGGUCCUCCGACCUGGCGGCAAGGUAAAUAUGUGCAUGGUCUACUAUUCCCGUGAGGAGGAUGCGUACAUCACGAUCUGUCCCAGAUGCAAGAAAUCCACCUUCUGCGCAAACGAUACGGACAUCACAUGCUCCAACCCAAGCUGCGGAAUGCAAAUCCAGCGCGUCUCCGAAACCAUCGACCCCUCAAACCCCUCGUCCUCCCUCCUACAAGCCAUCCGCGCCUCCACAACCCCCGACACCGACCGCACCACACAGAUAGAAUUCGACGACCUGCUCCCCCAAGACCUGCUCUCCCCGCCGCCCGAAGGCAAAGAGCCCGACGACCCCGCCAGCGUCUUCAAACGUAUCCGUUACAUCACGCGCUGGGACUUCCGCGCCGAGUCGCGCGGGCCGCUGCUCUACCGCACGGGCGAGUACUGCUGGUGGGGGUCGCGCAGCGUGGAAGGGAUAGCGAUCCGACGCGCGCUGAUCAGGGCGCUGGAUGCGCCGCUGUCGGGAGAAUUACCGCUGUAUAAUGCGACGUUGGACCGGGCGGUGUUUCUGAGCAUCAUGUUUGUGGGGACGUCGGUCGAACGGUCGAGACCGGUGCUGGUUAUUUUUUCGAUGCGGGAGAGGUAUAGGAGGCUGGCUUGGAAGUGUGUUAGGGAGAUUGAUUGGGUGAAGGCGGAACGGUCGAUUGUUUUUAUUACGUCGGCGAGUAGGAUGUUUUAUGGGGGAAUUUGGGAGUAUGUGGAGCGGAAAAGAAAAAGGGCGUGA